UAUUCAUAGCACAGUAGUUUAUCUCUACAGUUUGUACAUACAACAACAAUUUUAGUGCUGGAUAUUUUAAUCAAUUUUGAACAAUUCAUCCAAAUUACCUGUAAAAUUUUGUCAACUCAACUUUUUUUUUUUCGCUAGUUCAGCAAUAGUUUUAUAAUCUGUUUGUGCCUCGACGAUGUUUCAAAUGCUGCCCUACGAUCAUCAACUCUGCCUAAUGGCCUACAGCUAUAAGCUGGACCUGAACGCGUGUAGACGGCCAGUGGAACAGAAGGAUUUAUCAAUGGAUAAGGUUCUCAUAAUGCAUCGGAUUCUGUUGUUGUCGUGUCUGAUCGCUGUGAUUAAAGGUGUGGUUGACUUUGUGAAGCAUUACUGCAGCCCCAGAACAAAGUUAAGCACUCUAUGGCAAAAUGAUAGGUUUUUGGUAUUGCAGCCAGCUACAACGCGCAAAUGUCGUUGUGCCAUUAGUUUUAUACAUCUGAAUUUUUGGCUGGUCUUGACCUAUGCUACCGUAUCCUUCACACCUUCACUGAUGCUGCCUUGGCUGAUCUAUUAUUACGCACUACUCAGUCUUCGCUUGAUGAAGUUUGGACUUAAAGCUGCAGAGAACAAAUUGAAGGGUGAACGUCUGAAAGCAGCGGUAGUGCUGUCGAAUUUGAUAUUCAAGAUCGCGUUUGUCACAUUUUGCAAAAAGGACUUUCAGGCAGUCCUUGAUACAAUUAGUACUUAAUAUUUUAUACAUAUAAUUUAUUUUUUGAUACCAAUGCUCUUUUAUAAUAAAUAGAACAAGCGAA